AUGUCAGCAACCGGACUUUUGCUGUUGGGCGUGGUGGCGGCGGUGGGCGGGGCCGUGUUCCCCGAGCCACGCCUGGAGACGCUGCCCUGCGGAACGACCACCAUGAACCCCGGUGAGCGAGUGGCCAUCCAGUCGCCCAACUUCCCCCAAAACUACGACACAGAUUACAGAUGCCAGUACGAGAUCACCUGCAACCCCAUGGAGUCAACCUACCUGGAGUUCAUCUGUCCUACCUUCGAACUGGAAUCCUCUACCGACUGCCUCAAUGACCGUCUGGUGGUGACUUACCAUGGCUCUCGCGAAGAGAAAUGCGGCACCGACAGUCCCGACGGAACCAUCACCUCCGACGGGUGGACGCGCCUCACCUUCGCCAGCAACGCCGCCACCACCGCCCCUGGCUUCCGCUGCUACAUCUGGUGCCGCGAACAGACCACCACGACCUCCACCACCACUUCAACGACAACCACACCUACCACUACUACCCCAACUACCACUACUACAACAACAACACCUACAACCACAACCCCCACCACAACUACGCCAACUACCACUACUACAACCACAACUCCCACCACAACAACUCCGACUACCACUACACCAACUACAACACCGACCACUCCAGUCUGCUAG